CUAAUAAAAGCCCAGGAUCCCAGGGAUAAGAGCACCUCUGCUAUCACACUCUCAGGCAGGUGGCAGUUGUGGCGCUGGCACCAAGUCCUCCGGACCCAACUGAGACAGGACUCAUGGCAUCAAGAACCUACAUCACGGCAGUCAUUGUCUCCAUCUUCUUCAUGGUUAUCCUGUCCUGCUCAAGUGCUCCAGUGACCCCCACAGAUUCCCAAGUGAUCGUGUGCCAGCCCUGGCUCCUAUGUGGGACUGUGGCCUACAACCCCCAGGAGAAUCAAUGCUGUGAGGAUGGCAGUGUCCAGCCCUUCCCCCUGAGCUGUGGUCCUACAUUCACCUAUGACCCCUGCUUUCAGCAUUGCUGCCCCGACUCUUACCGGGGGAAGUACACUGUGGUUAAUAAGACAAGGGGAGGGACCGAGAGAAGUGACUGUGAAAUGGCAGUAGGAGCUGACAUCCGAUGGAGAAACUGAGGCCCAGAAAGGGAUCAGGAUUUGCCCAAGGUCACACAGUGGGUCAAGACUGGGAUUGCAACCCAGAUCUCCUUAUGCCUAGCCACCUAAAUGCACAGAUAUGGAAUCAGAAACACCCACAUUCACCUGCAGACCUUCCUGGUUUCUCUCCCUCUUUGCACCCUGGUUCACAGCUUCAUGAAUGCCAAGUCCUGGAUUUGGCAGUGGGGUAGCAAGUUGAGCUGUGAAGACAGAGACCCCAGGCAGUACUGGACAGGCACAAUGAGAAAGGAAUGGAGGAGCAGGGAGCCUGAAGAGCCCAGCCUGGUUCUGCUCUGGGCAGGGAGGGAAGGGGGCUUAUUUGAGGGGUAGAAGGAAGACAGAAAUAAAACUACU